AUGAUCAUCACAGACUAUGCUAAUUACGUCUUGCAAUGGAACGGAAACAAGCAGAUUCUCGGGCAGGCAAACAAUCUCGGCAACGCCCAUGGCUACGCAUAUGGCUCAUUGCCCAUGAUCGGCGGAGAAAGCAUCGAGGAUGCUGCAGUGCCAAAAGACAGCCCACUCCUCGAAGCGGUCAUGGAAAACAUCUGCAGUGGUCAUUCGGAUACCCUAGACCGCUUGUUGGAGGAUCUUAAGCCACCUUCUGACGAGUCUCGGAGAAGUGAGCCUAAUUCUCUCGAGUUCAGUGUCGAUGACUUAGGAAAGCUGUUCAUCAGCGAUCUAGAUAUCGAUCCACGAACCACAGAAAUGAAGUCUGAACAACCAAAGUUUUCGCCCCUGAGCAGCCCGCCAGGAUCGCCUCCCGACACAACUCCUCCUGCAUCGCCGCUUAGCCCACGAUCGCCAAUGUACAGGGAAAAAUCAUCAAAGAGCAAGCGGAAGUUCAGAUCUCGCAAGCCCAAGCGUGAUUCGAGCUACGAGUUCCUCACACGGAACUUCGAUCGAUUUCAUGAGGCACUUGCUGAUGAGGAGUUCCAUCUUUUCUUCGACUAUGUCGAGUUCUGGAUUACGUGUUAUGAAGUCGGUGAUAUGGCAAUUGAGAUUUGGCUUGACUCUGUGGGACGUAGAAACGUACAGUCCGUAGAGGAGCACCCGGGAUGGCAAUACGUAGCUGGCUUUAUAGAUUCUGUACACAAGGAGGAAGGGGGAAUGCAGGCGUUGCUCGGCAAGUUCGCGUCUGGAUUGAAAGGAAUCUUAGAUAGAGAAGGAGCGAGUAGUGUGCUCACUAAGGGCGAAGAGAUGCCUGGUGUAAAAGUGGAAGGAUUUUAA